AUGCAGAUCUUCGUUAAAACCUUAACGGGUAAGACCAUCACCCUCGAGGUCGAGCCCUCAGAUACUAUCGAAAAUGUGAAAGCUAAAAUCCAGGAUAAAGAGGGAAUCCCCCCAGACCAGCAACGUCUCAUCUUCGCCGGUAAACAACUCGAAGAUGGUCGUACAUUGUCUGACUAUAAUAUUCAGAAAGAAUCAACCCUUCACUUGGUGUUGAGAUUGAGAGGAGGUGCUAAGAAACGUAAGAAGAAGAAUUACUCCACCCCCAAGAAAAUCAAACACAAGAAGAAGAAGGUUAAGUUAGCUGUAUUGAAAUAUUAUAAGGUUGACGAAAAUGGUAAAAUCCACCGAUUGAGACGUGAAUGCACCGCUGAACAAUGUGGAGCCGGUGUCUUCAUGGCAGCCAUGGAAGACAGGCAUUAUUGUGGCAAAUGCGGUUACACUCUGGUCUUCUCGAAACCAGGAGACGAGAAGUAG